AUUAAACGAUUCUAAACACAUCGGUCUGUCUGUCUACAAUGUGCUCAUCAUGUGUAUUAUGGGUGCACCCAUCGCUCAUGUGCUCGCGGACCAUAAGGACGCCCUAUUUGUUCUCAUAUCUAUCUUCAUCAUAUUCUGUACAACGGCCACUUUAUGCCUGGUAUUUGUGCCCAAGCUACUAGAGCUACGUCGUAAUGGCCAGCCGGGCGCGGCGGGGUCUCGGAUCAGGGCGACGCUGCGGCCGGCCACGACACACGAGUGCCGCGACCCCGGCCCCGAGCUGGAGCGCCGGCUGAAGGAGCUGCGCCAAUAUAACAACCGCUACCGCCGCACGCUGCAGGCCAAGGAGAACGAACUGCAGAUGUUGCUCAGCAAGCUGGGCAGCGACGCUAGCUCGGAGUCUUCAACGCGGGAGUCGCGGUCGCCUGCGCAGCGCGUGCGUCUGCCCACCACCAGGGAGAACAUCAGCCAUCCAGAGACCAGCGAUAUAACGUCAGUGUGCAGCCUCAGCGCCUCGGCUGGUGCGGAGUCAGAGUACAUAAACCUGCAGAGCCAAACCAGCAUUGAGAAGCCCAAGCCCUCCGCUCCUCCAGAGCCAGUAAAAGAGGUGACCAUAAAGGAGCCGAAGAAAGAACAAACGAAGAAUGUAUCUUUCAAGAACCACCUGGACUACACCAGUCCGCCGUCUUCUAAAGCUGUGCCUGAAAAAGACCAGCUCGCUAAACUGCCUUAUGGCUGGUCUACUGAGGAACCCCCUGAACCACCAAAGCCUAUCACUAAGCCAUCAGAGCCGGUGAAGGCGGAGACAAAGAAAGUGUCCGCGCUGAAGACCAGCGAUUCUAGCACCGCCAAGUCUGUGCCGGCAAAGGUUCAAGAGCCACUCUAUUCCAAAGCUGCAGCACCUAAAGUUCUAAAGACCCCAGAAGCCCAGAAGAAAGUAACAAAGCCACCGGAUACAACGACCAAAGCAACACCAGUGCGCGAGGUGAAGUCCCGCCACCGACGCAUGUCCAGCGCCAGCCCCGCCAUGCUGGCUGACCUCAUGCACAUCUCUGUGGACCGCGAUGACCCGAGUAUGGAGAGGAAGGUCAUCGGUCAAGAGAGAGAACCUUCCAUACCACCGAAACCUAAACAAGAGCCUGAGGAUAUCCUGGACAUAGACCAUGACUUCUCCUCGAUGGAAAGAAGAAAAUCAUGCCAAAGACGAGAUUCAGAAAAAAGAAAGAAAGAGAGCUUUAUAGUGGUGCAGAGUGACUUAUGGGAUACGAAUACCUUCCAGUACACAAGUCAGAAAUCUCCGCCAGCUCAUGCUCAUUCACCUAUGCAGAGAAGUGUGUCAGAAAAGAGUCGGCAACAAGCGUCGCCUCACCACCACAGAGAACCUGACACAAGAAGUAUGGAAAGGAGAGCUUCAAAUACUUCAAUCAACCAUAAUGGCACAACACGAGGUGGUACACCAGAAGGCUACCGAGACACUGAUACAUUGAAGAUGUCAGAUAGAUUGUCAAAGCGUCGUGGCUCAGAGUUCCCGCAGCCUGUGAGCACCCCACCACACCAGCUGCAAACUAAGAGGCGACAAUCUGCAGCCUAUAUGCGGUCAUACCAAGAAGAAAAAAGUGAAAAACCAGAAGCAACACCUCGCAGACAUGACGAUAUUCCUAGGAAGCAUACUCCUGAACCUAAAAUAGAGUCAGAAUCUUGGAAACCUGACCCUGACACAAUAAGAGUAGCGAAAGGACCGGAAUCACCGGCCAAAAGGGGAAUCCCCUAA